AUGGCAGCAUCAUUUAGCAAAUUCAGUUUGGACUAUCACUGUAAAAAAUUGUAUACAACCAUAUACAGACAAGUACGAUACAUAUUAUUAUUAUUAUUAGGCCCACCUGGCGUAGGCAAGAGCACGUUGGCGAAUUUGUUGGCUGAAGAUACUGAAUUAAACUGGAUCGACGUCAGUAAAGUAGUUAUUGAUACUGGAUAUGUGAGUGACUAUGAUGAAGAGUUACAAUGCAGCAUAUUGGAUGGGAACACGUUAGUGGAACUUAUGGAGAAUUCGAUGACAAAGGGAGGACAAAUCGUGGACUAUCAUAGUACUGACUUGUUUCCUCCAAGUUGGUUUGAUGCUGUGUUCAUGCUUAGAGCAAACGACGCUACUUUAGAUGACCGUUUAUGUAAAAGACAGAAGACAGAAAGAAAGACCAAGAACAAAUCAGAUAGGAAUAUAGGAGCUUUUGCAAUUGUUAUCCAAGAAACACAAAACUCGUUUGAUCCAGAAAUAGUGCAUGAACUAACGAACAAUGUUCCAGAAGACAUGCCAAUUAAUGUAGAUAGAAUACUUGAAUGGAUGGAGGAAUGGAAAAAAGAUAAUAUGUAAAAGUGAUAAAAUAUGUUGAAUACAUAAUUUCUGAUAGG